UAUCAGUUAUCAACGCUCUUAUUGUGUGAAUUCUAGAAGUUUAUAGAAACGUGGCAUGCAUUUUUGUAUUUUCAGAGGCAGAACUUAGUGAGACUUGUGGUGGUUCAGUUUUGUGUGAUGAUGCCAUGUCUGAGUGUAUUGCUGGUAAUACUGGAGAGAACGUGUGUAGGUGUCAGCUUGGAUACUUCGACAGUAAUAGCUACAGUAGCGCUGACGGAGUAUGUACAAGCAUGAAUGGAUUGAUCGCAAAAAGUUUUGCGGUAGGAGUCGAAGGUACCAGCACAGUGACGAUAGAAUGGGUUGCUCCAUCUCCUGAAAGUAAACAGGUCAAAAGGUACGAGGUUCACUGGACUCCCCUGUUACCCAACGGAACAGGAAACUACAGCGCUGGUAAUGCAACAAACGUUCGACUGAUUGGAUUCGUAUCUGGACAGCAGUAUGCUUUCUACGUUAAAACGAUCGAACAUGGAAGUCGUCGAUAUGAGCAAUACGUGCAAACAGCUAGUAAAUCUAUUACAAUGGACGCAGGUCUCGGUGUUGCUUGUAAUGCUAGCAAUAUAGCAUGCGCAGACUACAACUCCAACUGUGCGAAAACUGAUAACGGACUUAGUACCGUAUGCAGAUGUAGGGCCAGUUUCUUUGACAGCAAUGGUUUCAACACUCCAGGAGGGAUGUGUAUUAAUAUGUCAACUCUGGCAGUGACUGACCUUACAUUAGUUACUGAAGGAACAGAAACGGUUAACAUAAGCUGGACGCCGCCUCCAUUGGAGUACACUGAUCAGGUCAGUAGGUACGUGGUGAGCUGGACUCCGGUCACACACAUCAAUGGGAGUGUGUCCUACAACGCUCUGCUAUCCACAGACAUACAACUUGUGGGGUUUACACCCGGACAGACCUAUACCUUCUAUAUCUACUCAGUCGAGUCUGGAAGUAGGAAGACUGAGCAAAAUAUUAGCUCAGUGCCAUCUGUAAUUACUAUGAAACCACACACACCCUCAGAUUUUACAGAAACAGACGUUGACGGACCCGUGAUCACGCUAUCUUGGUUCUUACAUAAAGGAGUUAAAACUUUUUAUGAAGUAAUAAGUACCCCAACACUUGGCAUGGCAAAUGUAACUACAGAAUCAAUAACCUACAGUGUUAAUGUAUCAGACGGUCAACAGUACAACACCUCUAUAACUGCUGUCAGUGGUAAUGAGCGGAGUGACCCACUGUAUUCUUCAUUCACAACGGUAUCAAAAACUCCAGAUCCACCUACACUAUCAAAUACUACGUUUUGUAAUUCAACCACUAACGAGAGUAUCGCCCUGGUCUGGACUGCUCCGGAGUAUCCGAGAGGAAACAUCCAGUAUUAUGUUGUAAAAAGCAUCACAACAGGAGCUAUAUAUACGACAAUAUCAGGCAAGACAGAGUAUGUAGUUGCUGGUCUCAAACCAGGAACACUUUACACCUUUAGUGUAGCUUCAGUUAAUGAUGCCGUUACAUACGGGAACCAAAGUGACUACAGCAAACAAUACGAAUGCCGAACUGACGCGGCCAUUUCAAUGGCGCCUAGUACCUUACUUGUGACACAAAUUCAGAGUCGAGAGUUCACCUUGAACUGGACCAAACCAACGAUUACCAAUGGUGCACUGAGUGGGUACAGACUCACAGUGACAGAUGGGAGCGCGUGUGUCAAGGAAGUCAUCUUCGCCUGUCAUACAUGUCCAUUGUGGGUGGCAAUCCCCUAUGAUUGUCCUGUUGGCACCAAACAGACAGUGGUAGUUCUUCCGAUACAUCUAGAUGGCGUCUUCAACUACACUGUCCAUGACAUCCUACCUUAUACUAACUACACUGUUAGUGUGUUAGCUGUGAACGCAGCAGGAGACGGGGUACCUGUUACUGAAUACACAGCAACAGACCAGGAAGUUCCACAGCACCCCACUGAUUUGAAUGUGUCUGUAUUGAGUGCCACAGAAAUAUUUGUGACAUGGACCAUAUCAGGACUAGAGCCGGGUCCCACCACGUUUGAACUGCAUGUAAUACCAGGAAUACCCGAAAUAAAUCGCACGGAAACCAUACGCGGCUUCUACACCAGAGAUUACACAGUAAAAAACCUAGAGGAGUUCCGAACGUACACAUUUAAUAUCACAGCCGUUACAGACAAGGGUUCUUCCGGGUUCCAACAGGCACUUCCGUCCGCAACAACACAAGCUAUCGUUCCCGAUACAGUAGGUAACUUUCUGGUUACCCGACCUGAUGGACCAAACUUCGCUACUGUGAGAGUAUCCUGGCAGCUUCCGUCGUUAUUGGACAGAAACAGUGACGUCACUCAGUUUGUGUUUUCUUACAACUCCACAGGAGGGAACGUAACCUCGCACUCGGAAGUGAUUGCUGUAGAUUCAGAUCCCAAUCCGGUAACAAAGAACGUAACAGUUGUACCGUUGAAUACCUACAUAAUAGAGGUAUAUGCUGUAGGUGAGGAUUCCACUGGCAGUAUCCUUAUAGGGACAAAAAGUAUGAUGACGUACUUUGCACCAGCUGGACCUCCUCCUCUCGAUGUUGAUGAAUCAAUCAUUCCGUCCACGUCUAACAUUGACAUCCAAGCCACACACACUACGUUUGCGCUCAACAUUGAAAAACGAUUUUUCACAAACAUAGUCUAUGGCCCAAUUGUUGAUUACACCCUCGUGUUGUGUAAGGAGAGAUGUACAGGACUAGACGAUAAAUCAGAAACGAAGGCAGAAAAUUACUUAAGUACAUUGGACGGUUGGAAAGCAGCGAAGACGAAAGGGUUCUCUCAAAUGUAUAGGGCCAUGUCUAAAUCCGAGUUUGAUUCGGCAUUCAUUGCUGGAAAUAAGGCGGCUACCACAUUCCGCAUUGUGAUAGGAAAAGUGACAAAUUGCAGCCAGUCAACGAAACAGUAUUGCAAUGGACCACUACAAGUUGAAUCUACUUAUUUUUUGAAGGCGGCCAUAUGUACUGUUGGAGGUUGUACACUGUCAUCAAAAUAUGGACCAUUUUCAACCCUGGAAGGUAUAGGUCAUUUUAACUUAAUUUAUUUGUUGAGUUCAAACUGCCUUAUUAUGAAUGAUUUUUUCUUUUAUUAAUGUUUUGUUUAAAUCUAGGAAAGUUAAAUAUAACAGGUAAGUUGGAUGGAAUACAUGACUAAAUAGGAAUUGAUACUGUUAUCUUUUUCUUUGAUACAAAUUUACUUGCAAUUGCUUUCUGAUGUCUGAUGCUCUCUUGGUUAUGUGGUGUUUACGUAUAAGUAAUGCCAUGCUGUUGCCUUAGUAAUGUUAUGUCUGCUUUUGUUUAUCGUUUUGUCCGUUUUCUUAUGUAACGUUUGUUAAGCACAGUUUUAUUAUCGUCUUGUUAACGUACUGUAUAUUUGAUAUACCGUCUUGCUACUGUUUUGCUUAGUUAUAAAUAUUGAUAUAUCGUUUUAUUAUUGUUUUGCUUAUGUGAUGUGAAUUUUUUCAUAUAUCGUCUUGUAAUUGCCUAGAUUAUCUGAUGUCCAGUUCCAUAUAACGUCUUGUUGUCGUAUACUGUCUUGUUGUCGUCUUGCCUAUGUGAUGUCCAGAUUCAUAUACUGACUUGUUGUCGUAAAUUGUCUUGUUGUCGUCUUGCCUAUGUGAUGUCGUUUUGAUAUACUUUCUUGUAAUUGCCCAGAUUAUGUUAUGUAAUGUUCCAAAUAAUGUCUUGUUGUCGUCUUGCCUAUGUGAUGUCCAUUUUCAUAUAUUGUCUUGUCGUAUACUGUCUUGUUGUCGUCUUGCCUAUAUGCUGUUUUUAUAUACCGUCUUGUAAUUGCCUUGCUAAUGAAUGUCUAUUUUUGUCAUAAACCGACUUGAUGUCACAUUUUUUUUGGUGUCGUCUAUUUUGAUAAAUCGUCAUGUUUAUGAUUUGUAUUUCAUACAGUAUAAUAAAUGCUUAGAUUAUGUUGUGCAUGUUUGAUUACUAAAUUGACUAUUGUCACUUUGCCUUUCAGGUUUUGACAUGUUGUCUACGUAUUGCAUAACCUAUUUAUCUAAUUAUCAUUGAAUUCCAUUAUUUUGUCAUCUUUCUACCUGAUAACUAUAUAACUAUGUAUCGUUGUU